GUAUCAGAUUGGGUUGCUCUUUGGACCCUACCUGAAACUAACUUCUAUAAUCUACCUUACCCGGAACAGACUAUCAUAGGAAAAUCUUACAAAUCUCCACUUUUUCCAGACAAAAUUCUUUUUCAACACUUCAUCCUGAGCAACAUAACUGCUGAUCCACGGUCUCUAUCAAAAAAACAAAAUUCUUUUAUAGCCU